AUGAGCGCUGCACCGCCCCCCCAGGACAUCAGCCUGGAGGAGUUCGACGACGAGGACCUGUCGGAGAUCACGGACGACUGCGGCAUCGGCCUCAACUACGACUCGGACCACUACGAGAAGGACUGCCUGGCGCUGGAGCGCAGCGAGCAGCCGCAGCCCGUCUGCACCUUCCAGGAUGACUUCCAGGAGUUCGAGAUGAUUGACGACAACGAGGAGGAGGAGGAGGUGGAGGAGGUGGAGGAAGGGGAGGAGGGCGCGGGCGAGGGCACCGGCCUGGAAGCGCCGCCGUCGCCCUCGGCCUCGCCCAUCCCCUCGCCCGCUGCGGAGGAGACGCAGAAGCACCGGCCCACGACGCUGAACCUGACAGCGCCGGGCACCCAGGACUCGCUCAACAACAACGGCGGCUACGCGCCGGGCGCGCCGGCGCUGCGCUCCUCGUGGCAGGACCCGCUCAGCUCGGACGGCGAGGGCUCCCCGCGCGGGCGCGCCGGCCGCGGGCGCCCUGCCGGCUCCUCCGAGACCACGUCGCCCUCCUCGGAUCCCGGCAUCGAGGCCGACCUCACGAGCAGGAACGCCAAGGCCUUCCCGCCCUGCGGCCGGCACGGCGAGGAGCUCAGCUCGCCCGGCUCCGACUCGGACGUGGAGGGCGAGCUGGAGGCCGCCUUCGCCUCGGGGCGUCUCGUCAGCAACAUGAUCUCCUCCAUCUCGGAGACGGAGCUGGACCUGAGCAGCGACAGCAGCAGCGGCCGCUCCUCGCACCUCACCAACUCCAUCGAGGAGGCCAGCUCGCCCACGUCGGAGGCCGAGCUGGAGACCGAGCUGGAGGCGCCGGGCCUCAUGGGCAUCAAGGACUCGCUGCUGCUGGACAAGGGCAAGGAGGAGCAGGAGACGCUGGAGCGCGCGCUCCCGGCGAGCGGCGUCCUCACGCGGGAGAGCCUGGCCGAGCUGAAGAUGGAGACCUACUACGACAGCCUCAACCCGGAGGACUCCUCGGCGCCGCUGGAGCAGACCGAGGUGUCCGCCUCCAGCCCCCUGGCCCUGAAGAUCGACCCGGACCACAGCCUGGAGAGCAUCCGGCGCUCCUUCUACCUGCCCGUGGGGCCCAAGCUCAUGCCCGAGGCGGACGACGAGGACAACAGCGAGUACGACUCCGACUCGGAGUCGGAGCCCGACCUCAGCGAGGACUCGGACUCGCCCUGGCUGCUCAGCAACCUGGUCAACAAGAUGAUCUCGGAGGGCUCCUACCCCAUCAAGUGCCCGGACGAGUGCUUCCAGCAGACCCACUCGCUCUGCGACACCAUCUCCCCGGCGUCCGACCUGGAGCCCGAGCUGCUGAGCGAGGCGCUGGACGGGGAGCCCGCGGCAGGGGAGCCGGCGGGCGCCGCGGCGGAGCCGGCCGCGCCGUCCCGCUCCCCGCGCAGCAUCGAGCUCGUGGACAUGGAGACGCUGCGCAGCUCCCUGCAGCGCGCCGAGGCUGAGCCGCCCGCCGCCGACCCGGGGCCCUACCUGUUCCUGAGCAACCCCACCAACGACACCAUCGCGCCCGCCUUCCCGGGGCGCCCCGUGGCCAUCGAGCGCCUGGGCGGCCCCCAGGUCCCGGCCUCCUUCGGCCACUGCACGGGGCCGCCCUGCGGCGCCGGCCCGCGCGGCUCCACCGGCGGCACCGACGCCUCCGCCGACGGGGAGCCCCCGGCCAGCCCCAAGGACUGGGCCAUCGACAAGGACCUGGACUCGGGCAUCCUGGAGGACAACGACAUGAUCGACGACGUGCGGUUAGAGCCGCUGGGGCCGGACGCCGACGCCUUCCCGCCCGCCCUGGACGUCUCCACCGCCAAGACCAACCGCUGCUUCACCAUGGCCUACUCCACGGACGAGGACGAGGCGCCCUACGUGGGCGGCCUGAAGGGCUCCCCGUUCCCCGAGGACCCGCGGGGCUUCGGGGGGGACCUGCCGCCCUCGCCGGCCCCCGAGGCGCUGGAGCCGCGGGCGCUGGACGAGUCGCUGGCCUACGACUCGGUGAAGUACACGCUGGUGGUGGACGAGCACACGCAGCUGGAGCUGGUGAGCCUGCGGCGCUGCACCUCGGUGCUCAGCGACGACAGCGACCUGCUGCGCGCCUGCGACCACUGCGACCUGGAGGACGAGGCGGCCUUCGGCGACGGGCUGGCGGCCCCCGAUGCGCAGAGCUCCUCCGAGGACUCGUCCCCCGAGGCCGACCUGCAGUUCUCCAAGAAGUUCCUCAACGUCUUCGUCAACAGCACGUCCCGCUCCUCCAGCACCGAGUCCUUCGGGCUGUUCUCGUGCACGGUGAACGGGGAGGAGCGGGAGCAGACCCACCGCGCCGUGUUCAGGUUCAUCCCGCGCCACGAGGACGAGCUGGAGCUCGACGUGGACGACCCCAUCCUGGUGGAGCUGGAGGAGGACGACUACUGGUACCGGGGCUACAACAUGCGCACGGGCGAGAGGGGCAUCUUCCCCGCCUUCUACGCCCACGAGGUCGUCGGCCAGGCCCGCGACGUUGGCGGCCUCAAGCGGAACCCGUGCUGGGUGGAGCGCUUCAACGUGCAGUUCCUGGGCUCCGUGGAGGUGCCCUACCACCAGGGCAACGGCAUCCUGUGCGCGGCCAUGCAGAAGAUUGCCACCACCAGGAAGCUGACGGUGCAUCUGCGCCCGCCGGCCAGCUGCGACCUGGAGAUCACGCUGCAGGGCAUCAAGCUCAUCCUCACGGUGAACGAGUACGGCCGGGACGAGGAGUUUGAGCGGUGCAGCCACUUCUUCCAGAUGAAGAACAUCUCCUUCUGCGGGUGCCACCCCCGCAACAGCUGCUACUUCGGGUUCAUCACGAAGCACCCGGUGCUGAGCCGCUUCGCCUGCCACGUGUUCGUGUCGCAGGAGUCCAUGCGGCACGUGGCCGAGUGCGUCGGGUAA